CUCUAGCUCAAAACUUAAAUGGCAACAUCCUUCCCGACAGUUAUGAUGAUGCUUAUUCCUACUCUAAAUAAUAGAGUUAAGUUACUGACAAUGACGUGAGAGAAAAGUAACUACCUAGGUGCAUUCAGCUAAGAGCAAUAGAAAAGUUAUGAUGUUUCAUAAGGUGCAGUUAUGUCUUUGUUUCCUUACUUUUUAUCCGACCGAUCGUCAAUCUUCCAAAAUUAUAACAAAAUACGUAAAUACGUACCUCUUCGUGGGGUGACUAUCACUUACCCAAAUCUACUAAUAUCGUCAGGGGGAGAUUGAGGCUUUGAAGAACCUAGCAUUCUGAUGUGAAACUUGUUUGCAUUCCAACGAGUCAGCAAAGUCUUUGUCGCAACGGCCGUUCGCCCGCCCGUUUCAAUGUCUUAUCUAGCGAUUCUCUCAGGUUAGAUGCAGUCCCGUCAAUCCCAAUUGUCUGCCUUAAUUUCGCAAAUAUGGCCUUUCGACGACGCUUCUGGCUCCCAUUCGGGAUUGCGACAUUGCUUCUUUUCUGCUACUAUUCCUGGUUAACCGGGGAUGCUUACCAAUGGGCGGGCGCUGGAAGCCUAUCACCGUUAACGCAUAGGCCACAUGUCGACCCGAAAGCCUUCGACGAUGAGGAUUAUUUCUGGAGGAAAUUGCCUACGCAUUAUCCCGUUAAGGAUAUGGGAACAUUCCCAAAUGGCAAACCACUCACACUCCCCAAGAUCCAGGUGGUCUUCGGUGAGGAAUCACGCGGUGAUAAAGCCGCUCGGGAACGAAUGCUAGAUGCUGUUAGGAAAGAGUUUCUUCACAGUUGGCAUUAUUAUAAGACCAAGGCAUUCAUGAGCGAUGAGUUGGCUCCUAUUAGCGGAAAAUCCAAAGACACAUUUGGAGGCUGGGGAGCCACCUUAGUCGACAGUCUAGAUACGUUGUGGAUUAUGAACCUAAAGGAAGAGUUCGAAGAAGGUGUUGCUGCUGUUGUCAACAUCGACUUUGAAAACAGUUCACUCGAAAAUGUGAAUGUUUUCGAGACCGCGAUUCGCUAUCUGGGUGGUUUCCUCUCGGCUUAUGACUUGAGUGGAGAUCAACGGUUGCUGCGCAAAGCUAGAGAAGUCGGCGAUAUGCUUUAUAAAGCAUUCGACACGCCGAAUCGCAUGCCAAUCACCCGAUGGGAUUUUGACUACGCUAAACAGGGAGGGCAACAAGAAGCGCCCGGAAUGUCAUUGCUUGCCGAAGUUGGUUCUCUAUGUAUGGAGUUCACCCGCCUAUCUAUGAUAACCGGGAAUCCGAAAUGGUUUGACGCCACCGAUAGAGUCAGGGAAGUCUUCGAAGAGCAACAGAUGAAGACGCAACUACCCGGCAUGUGGCCCUUUACGUUGAACCCUCGAGAUAAGAUAUUUACCGCAGACAACACAUUCGGACUUGGAGCUUUGGCAGACAGCACGUAUGAAUAUCUACCGAAGAUGUAUGCUCUGACGGGUGGACUUUUGCCUUCUUACAAGAAAAUGUAUGAGGAAUCAAUGAAGACCGCUCUUAAACAUCUGCUAUUCCGACCCAUGGUUCCGGAUUCGGCCAAUAUACUCAUAUCGGGUACCGUGCAUACAGAGCAAGCCGACGGGAAGACGAAUUUCAACUUCGAUUAUCAAGGUCAGCACUUGGUCUGUUUCGCCGGUGGGAUGCUAGCAAUCGGCGGGAAACUGUUUGAGAAAUCAGAGCACCUGGAUGCAGCUAGGAAACUAACGGAUGGCUGCAUAUGGACAUAUAAAACGAUGCCACUCGGUAUAAUGCCUGAGACAUUUUUCAUGAUUCCUUGCGACCCGAGUAAGGAGUGUCACUGGGAUGAGACCCAGUGGAAGCAAGCCGUUUUGAAACAGGCGGGUGAGCGCGAUCUGACAAACAUGGACAAGGCAGACGACAUAAUCGCCAAGUCGAAACUUCCGAAGGGAUUCACGGAAAUCACUGAACCUGAUUAUCUCCUAAGGCCCGAAGCUAUAGAAAGCGUCUUCAUCAUGUACCGUACGACUGGUCGGCGCGAACUCCUAGAGACGGCUGAAGCUAUGUUCAACGCCAUCAUAAAGUAUACGGAGACGCGUUAUGGCAAUGCUGCCUUGAGCAACGUCAAUGUUGAUGACAACCCCCCGAAGAAGGAUUCGAUGGAGAGCUUCUGGCUAGGCGAGACGUUGAAAUAUUUCUUCUUAAUAUUCAGCGAUCAGGACGUCAUUAGCUUAGACGAGUGGGUGUUCAACACGGAGGCCCAUCCGUUUAGGAGAUUAAUUCGAUGAAUGCUUUCGUAAGAAUGUAGCAAUGUAUUGUAUUAUAAUGGGUUUCAAUGGAAGACUAGGUAGAUCUCGGGUUUAAGGUAAUUGGUUGGUAGAAAUAUGGUCGGUGCAUCCAUAUUGUAAGAUAGCCAAAUUAAUGGAAUUUUGGAACGUCUAUACUCUAUAGAUUCAUUUGAGCUUGAAUCUUCAAUUAGCGGUGUAUUUCAAGGUCAAUGCGGAUCAACGUAACGUCCUUUUGAAAGGAGCAGUUGUGGAAGUUGCCGGUGCGGCGCAGAUU